CGUCCACAUCCACCAGAGGUUUGUCAGAGCUGAACUUUUCUCCCGGAGCCUCGGACUCCUGCGCACGUGCGCACCUGUGUACCCCCCCCGCAGAGACGCACUGCAGCAGCAGAGGAGCAGGAGGAGAACGAGGAGGAGGAGCGGACAGAAGACACCUGGAAACCACUGAUCCGCACAUUCUGCCGAGAUGCUGCCGACGGGAACCAGACGUGUCCUCGUCCUUCCUCUUCUCUGUGCGUUUUGUCACCUGGUUCUGGCUUUCCCGACCCCCAUCACACCUUUCUACGACGAGGUGGAGCACCUCAGGGUGAACAUCCCUCACUCGGGUCCCGUCUCCGCCCCCCUGGGCAGCUCCAUCUCCAUUCCCUGCCUGGUGUCCUCGUCCUCCUCGUCCUCCUCGUCCUCCCCGUCGGUUCCCCGGGUAAAGUGGACGGUGGUGUCUGGUGGGAAGGAGACCCCCAUCCUGGUGGCGCGGGGUCACAGGGUGAAGAUCAACGAGGACUACCGAGACCGGGCGGCUCUGCUGAACUACACCUCCUUCCCUCUGGACCCAACCCUGUGGUUGGGGGACCUGCGACAUGGCGACUCAGGUUUCUACCGCUGCGAGGUCCAGCAAGGCCUGGAGGACACCAGCGACGUCUUUCAGCUGAAGGUCAAAGGUGUGGUGUUCCACUACAGAGAUGCCUCGGACAGGUACGCCUUCUCCUUCCAGCAGGCCCACAGGGCUUGUGAGGUCAUCGGAGCUCAGAUGGCGACACCUGAGCAGCUGCUGGCGGCGUAUUACGACGGGUACGAGCAGUGCGACGCCGGCUGGCUGGCAGACCAGUCCGUCAGAUAUCCAAUCCAGGAGCCUCGAGACGGUUGCUAUGGAGACAUGAAUGGACAACCUGGGGUUAGAAACUACGGGACGAUGGAUCCAGACAACCUGUACGACGUUUACUGCUACGUGGAAGAAACCGGAGGGGAGGUGUUCCACGACGACGCCCCCCAACAGCUGUCAUUCCAUGAAGCCCGGGCCUUUUGCGGGGCGGCGGGGGCGCGCCUGGCAACAACCGCGCAGUUAUAUGCGGCGUGGAGCGAAGGCCUGGACCACUGCAGCCCCGGCUGGCUGGCCGACGGCAGCGUCCGCUAUCCCAUCAGGAACCCCCGGGAGCGCUGUGGCGGCCCACAGGCGGGGGUCAAGACACUAUACCGCUUCAGCAACCAGACCGGAUUCCCAGAAGCCUCCAGUCUUCAUGAUGUGUUCUGCUUCAAUGAAACCUCCAGAAACUCCUCGGACGACGUCUCCAUGGACGCUGAAGACUUCGAGCAGAACGUCGUCAUUCUGAUGGAAUCCGAACAAGAACUGCAGCUCAGUCAACGAGCCGAGCAGGUGGAGCGAGAGGCUCAGAGUCGGCUGGAGUCUCUGCCGUUCUCUGCACCUCCUGAAACCGCAACCAGCAACCCUACAGCAGGUCCUUCAGACUCCUCUGACCCCGCCCCCUUCCCGACACCUGAGGCGGAAAUCCUUCACUCCUCUGACCCCGCCCCUCUCCCGACACCUAAGCCGAACAUCCUUCACUCCUCUGACCCCGCCCCCUUCCUAAUGUCUGAGGUGAAAUUCCUCAACACCUCUGACUCCACCCCCUUCCAAACACCUGAGCCGAGGCUCCUCAACUUCUCUGACCCCGCCCCCUUCCUAAUGUCUGAGGUAGAGAUUCUCAACUCCACUGACACCACCCCAUUCCCAAUGUCUGAGGUACACCUCUUCAACUCCUCUGACUCCGCCCCCUUCCAUACACCUGACCUGGACCUCCUCAACUCCUUUGACUCCGCCCCCUUCCAUACACCUGACCUGGACCUCCUCAACUCCUCUGACUCCGCCCCCUUCCAUACACCUGAGCCGGACCAUGUCAACUUCUCUGACUCCGCCCCCUUCCCAAUGUCUGAGGUGCACCUCCUCAACUCUUCUUACUCCGCCCCCUUCCCGACACCUGAUCCGGACCUCCUCCACUCUUUGGAGGACGUUUCACAUGUUCCUUUUAACACCCGGCCUCCUGCAGGUGUGAACCGCUCCACCACCGGCACAGAGACCACCCCCCUCCCUCGUCCUCACGAUCAGACUGACCCCUACCCAAACGACACCCCCACUUCACACCAGCAUGACCUUCAGAGGGGCUCAAAUGAGUCUCAAACCCAGAACCAAUCGGUGCUGGAUUCAAACCCUGAGGACCACAAAGGUCCAUCCGAGGAUCUGCAGCAGAACCAGAACCAAUCUGAGCCCGUCGAGGGCAGGGGGGUUCUGCUGGGGUCAGCGACCGCUACGUCCAGAGAUCUGGACCGCAUGAGCCCGGUGGUACCGGUGGAGGACCAGACUCCCACAGACUCCCUGUGGACCCGCACGGACGGUUCUGGAGAACCAGCUCAGGAGAGAAGUUCCGCCGCGGAGACGCUCGCCGCCACGUCCCGCGCCCCCCCGCCUGCAGAGGACCCCUCCGAACCCCGUGCUUCAGCCCCUCCUCCCUACUCUGCGACCUCCCACCCGGACGAACCGAGCUCACAUGUCCCCCCCACAGCCCCCCAGGUCGGGGAGUCCUCGCCUCCUGACGGGGGAGAAGGCUUGACCUCUGACCCCGCUCAGGGUCAGACGGCGGGUUACUGGGAGUGGGUGGAGACUGUGAGCAGUCCCCAUGAGGACGGGAGUGGAGUCCUCCAUCCAGAGGGGGGCGCCGCCGCUCCGACCGCCGAGGAACACGAGCUCGAUGCUCCAGCCGCCACAGAGGAGAUGAGGGUUCAAGUCCCCCCAGAACUCUCUGGAGACGGUCCGACCCUCUUCACUGAAGCAGCGGGUCAGAACCGAACCUUUGACCCGGAAGAUGAAGUCCGGGUCGCCUUCACCCGUCUGUCUAGAGAGGACAGCAGAACCUCUGCAGCUCCUCUGGGUGAAGACGUGACGAGUUUUAACGACACAGACGACCAAUCAGAGAGUCCGGCCUCCACGCCGCUCCUCCUCACGGUUGGAGAUCAACCUCCAACCGUGGCGUUCUACGGCCCGGAGGAAGAUGUUGCGCCCCGCCACCAGGAGGAGCUCUCUUCUGCUCCUGAAGACAACGUACAUGGAAACGAGAGCGAUGCUGCUCCGGCCCGUCAAGGAGACGCCAACGUCUCCCUCGUCCACGCCUCCAGACAACCGGAGGUUACUCCACCCGUAGAGGGAGGAGCUAGAGCUACUUCAACUCCUGAGAAUGAAGGUGAGGCUUUUCCGUCGCUGGUUUCCAUGGAAACGAUUCACACCUUCCCAACCAUGGACCACGAAGAUGAUGCUAACGAGACUCCGCCUCCUGCUCAUGGAGGAGGAGCUAGAGCUACUGCAACCCCUGAGAAUGAAGGCGAGGCUUUUCCAAUGGCGGUUUCCAUAGAAACACUUAACACCUUCCCAACCAUGGACCACGAGGAGGAUGCUAACGAGACUCCGCCUCCUGCUCACGGAGGAGGAGCUAAAUCAACACCAACAACUGAUCUUGAAGGUGAAAGCAGACCUGGCCCGCCCCUCGAGGUCUACUCCACCUCCCCCGCUGGACCUCAGACAUCCGAGUACUCGUCGUUUCCCGCCUCACCUGGAGAGCAGGUGUCUCUGACGGAGGCUGACAGUCACAGCUCUGCUCCGGGUUCCUCUGUGGGAGCAAACCCCGUUCCCACGGCGACCAUCUCCUCCCUGACACCCAGAGUCUUCGCUGAGACGGCGGAGGACCUCCACGCCAUGCCGCCGCUGGACCUGCUCCCCCCUGAGAUCAACCUCACCCAGCCGCCCCCCUUGCUGCUGUUACCCAAUGAGAGGGCAGCAGUGGGCGGAGCAGAGAAGUUCUCAGAUGUGUGCUUGGACGACCCCUGUCAGAACGGAGGAACCUGCACUGAGGAUCAGGGUCAGCCCCGGUGUCUCUGUCUGCCUUCGUAUGGAGGACCCUUCUGCCAGAGCGACCUGCAGCGCUGUGAACCGGGCUGGGAUAAGUUCCACGGUUUCUGUUACCGCCACUUCAGCCGCCGGCAGAGCUGGGAGGUGGCAGAGCAACAUUGCCGCAAGCUGGGGGCUCACCUGGUGUCCAUCAUGACCCCGGAGGAGCAGGACUACAUCAACAGAAACUACAAGGAGUACCAGUGGACCGGGCUGAACGACAAGACCUUUGAGGACGACUUCCGCUGGUCUGACGGGAACCAGCUGCUCUACGAGAACUGGUACCGCGGCCAGCCGGACAGCUUCUUCCUGUCUGGGGAGGACUGCGUGGUGAUGGUCUGGCACGACGGCGGGCGCUGGAGCGACGUACCCUGCAACUACCACCUGGCCUACACCUGCAAGAAAGGAACCUCUUCCUGUGGGAGGCCUCCGAAGGUCCGGAACGCCGUCCUGUUUGGGAAAGUCCGGCAGAAUUACGAGACCAACGCGGCGGUGCGGUUCCACUGCGAGGGCGGGUUCCAGCAGAGGCUCCGCCCUCUGGUUCGCUGUCUGCACGGAGGUCGCUGGGAGAGGCCGCAGAUCCAGUGCAUCCCCGAGGGCGGGGCCUCAGAGGGCGGGGCCUCAGAGCGGCGACCUGACCACAUGGUCACCACCCACAGCAACUUUGCAGCAGCUGAAGUCCAGGAUGAAGUUACUACAAAGACUGUUGAAUUCUGGGAAAUCAAGUUUUAGCUCAGCUGCUUUGCUGUUUUUUGAUUCUGUUUCUUGUAAAUGUUUGGAGACAUUAAGUGGAGUUUCUCAGCAGCCAAUCAGAAGGCGGGAACAGAUGGCGCCGAAGUCUUCACCACGUUUCCUUUGGUUCCAGUUUUCAUCUAAAUCCAAACAAAUCACUGUCUUCCUCACUCAGUAGUUUUGACGUCGUUAAAUCACAUUUGAACAAGAAGACGUGAAACUGAUUUUUGUUCUUCAACCAUUUCCAGCAAAACAAACUCCUGGAAUUCUUGUUUUGUUGAGAUGAUCCCACGUUUGUCUGAACAAUCCUCUCGAUCUCAAGCAGACACCGUUUUGUUUGUCGGCUUUAUGUUGUAAUAAAGUUUUGUACAACAGAGCAAAGAAUAAAGAGACUUUUCCUAUUUAUU